GUCGCCGGGCUUUAUUGUGAAAGGCUCAAGCGGAAGUGGUGUGGAGUAUAUCAGCCGGGAAAACUGUCAGACUGCCUCAAAGUGGUCCACGGACUCACCGGGACUUGCCCACGCCCUCUAAACUUGUCCCGUUUCUAACCAACAACUGCUUCCAGCGUCCCACAUGCCCCUGCUCGACGUCGUGCCGGACUUGGAGCGUCUGGCCGCCGACCGGGUGGUCCCGGAGCUGCUGGAGCGGGGCUUCUGCUGCGUGGACGGGCUCCUCGGGGAGCGUGCCGGCGACGCCGUGCUGGAGCAGGUCAAGGACUUGCACCGGACCGGGGCCAUGGACGACGGCCGCCUGGCGGGCUCCGGACCCGCCGGCCCGCCCGCGGGCGUCCGGGGCGACAAGAUCGCGUGGGUCAGCGGCGCCGAGCGGGAAUGUGACGCCAUCAACGCCCUCCUCAAGAGGCUCGAUCACGUGAUCACGGUGUGCGCGCGGAGCCUCGACGGACGGUCGAUAACGGAGCGAUCCAAGGCCAUGGCGGCGUGUUACCCGGGAAACGGCGCGGGCUACGUCAAGCACGUGGACAACCCCAACAGUGACGGGCGCUGCAUCACCUGCAUUUACUACCUCAACAAGAACUGGAAGGCCCAGGAAGACGGCGGCGUCCUCCGCAUCUUUCCAGACGGGAAGUCGUGCGCGGUGGACAUCGAGCCGCACUUUGACCGCCUGCUGCUGUUCUGGUCGGACCGCAGGAACCCUCACGAGGUGCUGCCUUCCUACGCCGCCAGGUACGCCGUCACCGUCUGGUACUUUGACUCUGACGAGCGAGCUGAGGCCAGGAGACGCUUCGCACGCCCUGCUGGCUGUGAGGUGCGCAGCAGCUGAUUGGAGGAAACACUCCCCCCUGGUGGAAGUUGCAGAGAACUGCAGCGAGACACAACAAGUCAGCCUUUGACGUUGGAGGCGUGGCUUAACCCCGUGCUGUCGUCUGAUUGGCUGGCUGGCGCACGCUACACCCCUGCCCCCACCCUUCUGCUCGUUGACCUUUGACCUACCAAGAGCCAGAAUGGUCCAGGUGCUGCGGGGUCACGGUGGUGUCAUGUGACUGAGAGGGUGUUGAUGACGUCAUGGCCCCGCCCACUGCUGCUGAGAAGCAUGAGUGUUGCUGCAUGGAAGAUAUACCGUAUUGUUCCGACUAUAAGUCGCACCGGACUAUAAGUCGCACCGGACUAUAAAUCGCACCCCCCCAGCCAAACUAUGGAAAAAACUGCCACUUAUUGUCCGAAAAAUACGGUAGUCAUUAA